UUGUGACUGGUAAUGCAAACUCACCCAGUAGAAUAACCUAUCGUCGAAUUGUUAUUUAAUUUUUAACUCGUUAGAACCCGUAUGCACAAGUGGACGUGUAUGAAUUCCAUGCGAUAAUUAAUAUUUCACUUAUAAAUAUGUCAACAAAGAUAUUUUCCAUUUUAACGAAGAGUCGGCCUGUUCUGAAACAAGCAACGAGUGUAACUCUCACCAGGAUUGAUAAAUUUCAUAAUAAUUUCGCAAUAAGACAAAAAUCAACAGAUGAACCGGUAGCAACAAUAAAAGUGCCUGAACCUGAGGCGGGGAAAAUGCAGGCAGCAGUUUUGAAUGAGUUCUCUAAACCCCUAGCUAUUGAAAAUGUCAAGUAUCCACGAAUUAAAAAUGAGAAUGAGGUGAUAAUUGAUGUGCAUUACUGCGCAUUAAAUGGGCCAGACGUCUUACAAAUGAGAAAUGAAUACACAUCCAAUUCUUCGUUGCCCAAAAUUCUGGGGUACGAAGUAGCUGGAAAAUUAUUGCAAAUUGGAGAAGAAGCGAAAGCAAAGGGUUUUAAAGUUGGAGAUAAAGUGGUUGCCUUGAAUAAAAUUCGAUCUGGAGGUCUGGCAGAGCAAUGUACAGCAGAAGUUACAGAUAUCUGGAAGGUGCAGUCGACUGCGAAACUUCUGGAUUCAGUGUGCAUCCUGGAGAAUUACAUGACAGCUCUCAUUGGUUUGGAGAAACAAGCGAAUUUGGAGGAAAAUGAAAUGGUUUUAGCUAAUGUCGGCCUUGGAGGAGUUGCACUGGCUGCUGUGGAUAUUGCAGCCAAUGUUUUCAGAGCUCAGGUAAUCGGUGUCAGUGUGUCAGAGGAAAAAGCAGCACAUGUUCGAGAAAAGGGAGCCUUUGCCUCUCUGGCCUUCAAUGACAAGAAAUUGGUCAAGAAAAUCGAAGAGUUUGCUGCUGAAAGGGGCAUCAAAGGGGUUUUUGAAGGGUCUGAGGGACAGAAAUUGAAGCUAACGUUGGAUUGCUUUACUAAAGUUUAUGGUGACAAUUUCUCGUCGAAUAUUCUACGUGAUGAUAAUUUUUCCGUUCUCGUCCAACAUUUAUCCAGAGAGGGGCGGUUAAUUAUCGCUGGGUUCGUUCCAAAGGAAGAGGAAAGUCACGACGAGAAGAAAGGCUCAGUCAUUCCUAGUGCUAUUAAUUUGAAUCAAUUUAAAACAGAGAAUUUUGAAGCUUACAGGGAAGCAGGGCAAGAUGUGUUGCAGUAUUAUGACGAGGGGCUGAUAAAACCGUCCUACUCUUUCAUCACUGGGCUUUACAAUGUUAAUGAAGCUGUCGGCUGUAUUUCUAAUUUGAAGUGUUUUGGAAAGGUGAUUAUUAAUCUCAAGAAACCCAGCUCGAUGAAUGAAAAAUAAUUUUCAAUAAAGAUAAUUUUCGAUUUGAUGAAA